CCUUUCGCCUCACCAAGAGCCAAUCCGCACCUCGCGCAUCUCCCGGCCACCUCGCCCUGAUCCGGUUCCCAAAUCCUUCACCUUCGUCGCCGUCCUCUCCUCCGAGCCAAAUCGAUCGAAGCGAAGCCGUGAUCCUGUCCAUGCGCGGAGCGUGGUAGCCUCGUCCCUUGGGGGAUCAUCUCGCCGUCGCCUCCCUCCCUUCGCCGCCGUUUCUGGUCGCCGGGAUCAGCCGAGUUGGAUCUCGAGGCAUAAAACAGCGUUGCGGGCGUCCGGCGAGGAUACGAUGCCUGCGGUGCUCGCCGCGUUCGCCAGCCUCCGCGCGGCAGCAGCCAUCGCCUCCGGAAACUCGUCCUUCCCCUGCUCCCACCGCCUCAAGCAUCGUUUUAGUAGUAAUUUUAGUAGUAGUAGUAGUAGUAAUUGUCUUUGACCUUUGCCUUCCCCUCGUCGCACACGCCCCUCAGUCCUUACCUCGUGUUGUUUGAGGUUUCGGUCUCGAUCUGGUUGUGCUCGAUUCGAGGCUUGUUUGGUCGUGCGGGUUCCGUGCUCGAUCUCGCGCGCUUCCCGGUUUGUCGGAAUUUGGUGUCUGGGUCCGAUCUGCAGGUUCGAAAGGAAAGCAAUUUGGGGUGUUGGUCGUGGUGAUCGCCGUUCUUACAAGGAAAGAGAAACUUCUCUUUGUAAUUUGGGAUUAAGCUUGUGGAUGGGCGAGCCUUUGGCAGACUUCAGUGCUGAAUGUGUUAGCAGCAGCUCAUGUCUCUGCUGCAACACCUCUGAAAAGCCAGGUUGUGAGCACAGCUAUGCUUGCUGGAAAGAUGGGCAAGAUGAUUUGGUGGUUGAGGAAAUUGGAAUGGCUCUUACUGAAGUGAUGCAAGCCUAUGGUAAUGAGGACAACGAUGAAGGAUCAGAUCUGGAUGAAGAUUCUAGCGAUGCUGACAACGAUGACCCAGUUCUUUCUAUGGAAUCUGAUUCAACUGAUGAUUUAGUGGAUAUUGACUCUGAAUUGGUCAUAUCACCAGCCUCUCCAAGUGGUGAUGCAUCGGAAUCAUCAAUUAGUAAAUCAGUUGAUGACAAGUCUUCAAUUCAUGGCAUUCCAAGGUUGGUUUCUGCAAUGAAGGGAACCCGUGCAAAGCAGGGAAUCAUGACAAAGUUGAGUGUUUCAUGGGCUCCUGAUGUAUAUGAUCCUCCUGUGACUUCUGCCUCACAUACAGUGAGAGGGCACCAGAGGAGUUCAAGGAAGGGCCACUACAAAUACAAGCCCUCCAAGAGCAGCAGUAGCAGCAGUCGCAGUAGCAGUGGCAGCAAAAAGGACAAGAAGCAUUCUCGCCAUAGUAGCAGCAUCAGCAGCAGCAGCAAAAAGGAUAGGACGCAUUCGCACCGCAGUGCCAGUAGUAGUGGCAGCAACAGAACUGAUACCAGUAGUUCUCAUUAUCGCAAGGCACACAGUGGUGGUGGGAUCAACAGCAGAACUGUGACUUGUGUUCCAGAAUCUGCUAAGGUAUCUCCAUUGGUGCUAGCUGAAAGUGCCGCACUGCCAGAGAUAGUUCCUGUACUCAAGACUAUGGAACCAAUCAAAUACGCUACCAGCUGCGGCAAGGAGAAGCCAUUUGCAUUGCUGUCACGCCAGUUUUCCCCGGCAAGGUAUAAGGGGAUGUUCUCCUUUUGGAGCCAAAACCAACUGGCUUCUUAAUCAUCAAUCGCUGCUAUGGGCUCAGUUGGGAGUCUUCGAUGCAAAUCAUUGUGGUAUCAGUGAGGCUCAUCCUUUUGGAUUGGUUCUCUUCGUUGCUCUGUUUAUUCUGCUUGUUUGUGAAACUUCAGAGAUCACGUUUUCGAAAAUUGUUGGGGGCAAAGUACCUGUAUGUUUGAGCUAUUAUUCUUUCCUCGAUCGUGUAACUUCUAUCUAUUUUUAUGUGUUCGCUUUUAUUUCAUUUCAGAUCAUGUUGUAUUAUUUGCACGUUAUUACAUUGUGGGGAUUGGUUCAGUUUUGUGUGUUUGGUUA